GAAUUACAUUAAUCGAGUUUUGCAUUUCUUGGUAUGAUGGAAUGGAAUGCUGAUAGGAAUGAAAUGAUAAAUUUUUUUGCAUUUUCUUUGCAUUUUGUGUUCCACUAUCUCAUUCAUUCCAUCGUACCAAGCAAAUGAGUCGAAUUGAAGUAGGAAUCACAUUUCGUUCCAUCGUACCAAGAAAGUGGUUACCUUUUUUAAUUUGAUGACUAACAAAGACUUGUUUUAUGACGGCCACCCUCGUGAAGAAAAUGCCGACCAUUCAGUUGUGGAAAGAUGGGGAGAUGAAGGCGGAAGUGAUAGGUGGGCACAAGGCGUGGCUUGUUAUUGAAGAAGUCAGGCAGAUGAUACUUGACUUUGAGUAAACCAAUCACACACCAUUUUUACUGCUUUUUUGCUUUUAGUUACGUGUAAAUGUCAUGUAAAUACUUCCAUUAAACACGUCCAAUAUCAACAUGAUCUAUAUUGUACAACAAGCUUGCGGGGGCACCGCAGUUAGUUUCGGAGGGGCAGAGUUGCAAGAGUCUAUAUUGUACGACAAGCAGAAGCAAGUGGAUUGGAGGACAUAGAAAAGUAUAUUCUGAUCAAGCAGUUGUUCAAAAAAAACACACUCUCAUCAAAACAUUCGCAAUUCGGCCCAAGAAGCCGACACUACGCGCACCCUUUGCAAUUUAUAACACGAUUCAACUCAAGUAAACGAGCUGUCUCAACUGCAGAAUCAUACAAGCACAACACACACACAAUUCACAUUUUCCGGGGAAAAGAUAAUCACCAGUCACAAACCACUUCGUAUUAAAAAGAGAUUCAAGAUUCUUUUGUGAUCGUUGCACUACGACUCUCUGGUCAUCAUCUUCCAUGGCGCCAGCGGCAGCGAUUUUGAUUUUCAAUGUUGGGCGGGAAUACAGGGUCAUAACAUAAGAGAUAGCAAAUGUGGGCGUCGAUAACAACGACGUUUGCGUAAGCUAAACAUAUCCAUCCACCCUCCGAUUUGUAGAAUGUGGUGUUGCGGAGGAGCAGAGGAGGAGCCUAAUCCUCCGCCCGUAUCCACUGCUCCGCCUAAGGCCGGCAUUCCCUAUGCUGGCGCCGGUGGAGGCAAUGGCAGAGGAGAGCCGAGGUCUGGUGCGAGAAACGGGCCACCGCAGAAAGCGUUGCCUAUCGAAAUACCAGCGUUGUCGUUGGGUGAGCUGAAUAGGCUGACUUUUGAUUUUGGGACAAAGGCCUUGAUCGGAGAAGGCUCCUAUGGCCGCGUCUACUACGCCAAGCUCAGCGACGGCCGUGAAGUAGCCAUCAAGAAGCUCGACACCGCGUCAGCCAAGCCAGACUCUGACGACUUCCCAGCCCAGAUAUCUAUGGUGUCCCGGCUCAAGAAUGAGUAUUUUUUGGCACUGCUCGGGUACUGCCUCGAUGAAAAUACAAGAAUUCUUGCCUACGAGUAUGCUACAAUGGGAACUUUACAUGAUGUGUUGCAUGGUAGGAAAGGGGUGCAAGGAGCAGAGCCUGGGCCUGUUCUAACAUGGAAUCAGAGAGUGAAGGUUGCAUUUGGGGCUGCAAAAGGGCUUGAAUUCCUGCACGAAAAGUGUCAGCCUUCAAUCGUUCAUCGCGAUGUUAGAUCAAGCAACGUGCUUUUGUUUGACGAUUUCGUUUCCAAGAUUGCUGACUUCAGCACCAGCUCGUCCUCAGACACGGCAGCCAGGCUGCACUCCACAAGAGUCCUUGGAACAUUCGGUUACCACGCUCCAGAGUACGCGAUGACAGGGCAGAUAACUCAGAAGAGCGAUGUCUAUAGCUUCGGGGUCGUGCUUCUCGAACUCCUCACUGGAAGGAAGCCAGUAGACCACACCAUGCCUAAAGGCCAGCAGAGUCUUGUCACUUGGGCAACUCCAAGAUUGAGUGAAGAUAAGGUGAAGCAAUGUGUUGAUCCCAAACUACAAGAUGAUUUUCCACCAAAGGCUAUUGCUAAGAUGGCUGCAGUCUCAGCACUUUGCGUGCAGUAUGAAGCAGAUUUCCGGCCAAACAUGACUAUCGUGGUAAAGGCAUUGCAGCCGCUUCGAAAUGCUAAACCAGCUGCACCUGAUUCUCAUACAUAAGUUUUGAGUGUAACACUAAGUUUUUCAUCUACUUGAAAGAAUCCUAUGUAACAAUAGUUGCUGCUUCAGCAGUGGUACGAUGUAACACCUCGCACGAAGAUGAAUCUAUCGUCGUCGUUAUAAACCAGCAAAGUUUAGCAGCCAUAAUGUUUAGAAGCAAAGAGUUUAUUAUGUGGCAUAGAGGAUUCUAAGUGUAAACUCGUAUUGUAUUUGCUACAUAUCGCGAUUUCGGCCGACAUGGACUGACUCCAUCCAAUAUUUUUUACAUUAAAAAUUGUGAC